GCUGGUGACCCUCAAGGAAGUGGCUGUGUAUCCCAGCGAGGGGCAGUGGGCUCUGCGGGGCAGCCCUCUACAGACGGCAUGCAGGAGAGUUAUGAGACUUCAGCCACAGUGGCAGGUGAGUCUCCAGUGAGUGUGAGGGAGGCAGAGAGUCCCCAGCAGGUAGGUCCUGAGUCCAUGGAUCUUCAGGGGAUGGUGCUGGAAAGAGCCAAAGGGGACCUUUCCCAGCCCCCCGAGCACGAAACUGCUGGUGUGAAUCGCCGUAGGUCACUCAGGCACAAGGGAAAGCCACCAGGGGAGGUCGAGCUCAAGGACACCACUUGCAAGGAACCCCCCGAUGCAGAGAGGCCCAACACAUGCAGUGAGUGCGGGAAGGGCUUCCGCUGGCGCUCAGCCCUCAUCGACCACCAGCGACUGCACACGGGCGAGCGCCCCUACCGAUGCCCUGACUGUGGGCGCAGCUUCAGCCGCAGCUCCAACCUCACCACCCACCAGCGCCUGCACACGGGCGAGCGCCCCUACGUGUGCCCCAACUGCGGUAAGGGCUUCAACCACAGCUCCAACCUGGCAGCCCACCAGCGCGUGCACACAGGGGACCUGCCCUACAAGUGCCCUGACUGUGGCAAGAGCUACAGCGUGAGCUCCUACCUCCUGCGGCACCAAAAGAUCCACACAGGGGAAAGGCCUUACCAGUGCGACGAGUGCGAGAAGAGCUUUGGGCAGAGCUCGACCCUGGUGAUCCACAAGCGCGUGCACUCGGGGGAGAAGCCGUACAAGUGCCCUGCUUGUGGCAAGUGGUUCCGGAACAACUCUGACCUGAUCCGGCACCAGAGGAUCCACACUGGGGAGAGGCCCUACCAGUGCGGCCAGUGCGGGAGGAGCUUCAGUGAGAGCUCACACCUGACAAGGCACCGCAGAACUCACACGGGGAAGAGCGCCCACCCCUGCCCAGACUGCAGCAAGUGCUUCAAGAGCAUCUCCCGGCUGGCCAAGCACCAGCGCGCUCACACAGGGGAGAAGGACUACUGCUGCCCCGACUGCGGGAAGAGCUUCAACCGGAGCUCCAACCUCAUCGUCCACCAGCGGUCCCAUAUGGAGCAGAAGCCAUACAAGUGCCUGGACUGCACCAAGACCUUCAGCUGCAGCUCCCAGCUGAUCAGGCAUCAGAGGAUCCACACGGGGGAGAAACCCUACAAAUGCCUGAGCUGUGGGAAGAGCUUCACCGUCAGCUCUCAGCUCACGUCACACCAGAGACUCCACACGGGAGAGAAACCUUAUCACUGCGCUGAUUGUGGGAAGAGCUUCCGUCACAGUUCAGGGCUUGUUUCCCACCAGAAAAGGCAUCGAAAGGAGGGGGGCUCUGUCAGCAUCCCAAUUGUGGUAACCGCUCAAACCUUACUGCACAUCACGGUGGUGCCACCACACAAUGUCAAUCCUUAUAUCUGGAGUGGGGGAAGGGAAAUGGCUGCAGUGGAACUGAUAACCUUUGAGGAGGUGGCUGUGUAUUUCACCCUAGAGGAGUGGGCUCUGCUGGACUCAGGUCAAAGAGCCCUCUACUGGGAUGUCAUGCAGGAGAAUUAUGAGGCCAUGGUUAAUCUAGGAUUUCCCAUUCCCAAACCAAGUGUGAUUUCCAAGCUGAAAGGAGGAGAAGCGCAAUGGGUUCCAGAUCUAAAGGGCUGUGAGGCAAAGAGGAUCCUGAGAAGUCCUUGCACAGCUGCCACGGGGACAGUGAGUGAGGAGGAGAGUGCCCAGCAGGAGGUCCCUGAGGAUCUGGAGCCCUGGAGUCCUGGUUGGAGAGCAACCUGGGAGGCUGAGAGCAGCUCAGAGAAGCAGCCAAGAAAUCCCUCAGGCAACAGACUGGGCCAGGACCCUCCCAAUAACAGAGGCUUCAUAAGUGAGAAACCCUCUGCUGGAGAGAAGCUGCACUGGGACACGGCUUGUGAGGCUGGAUUGAACUCAGACCCAGGGCAAGCCUCUCCCAGUCACUGUGCCAAGGGCUGCCAGGGGCUGGAAGCGGAGGCUGGGGAGCAGCUGAACGCAUGUGGUAAGUGUGGAAAAGGCUUCUGCCACAACUCAGACCUCACCAGACACCAGCGGGCCCAUGGGGGUGAGUGGCCUCACCAGUGCCCCGAGUGUGGCAAGGGCUUCCCCGUCCGCUCGGCCCUGGCCACCCACCGGCGCAUCCACACAGGGGAGCGUCCCUAUGCCUGCGAUGCCUGCGGCAAGCGCUUCAGCCAGAGCUCCCACCUCAUGCAGCACCUGCGCUCCCACACGGGUGAGAAGCCCUACCGCUGCCCCGACUGCGGGAAGAGCUUCCGGGAAGGCUCCACACUGGCCCGGCACCGCCGCACCCACCGCUUGGAGAAGCCCCACACCUGCUCCCACUGUGGGAAGGGCUUCCAUGAGAAGUCCAACUUUGCCCGGCACCAGCGUGUGCAUGCAGGGGAGCUGCCCCCCAGUGGGGUUGGGGCUGCUAGGGAGGAGGAGGAGGAGAAGUCAUACAUCUGCCCUGACUGUGGGAAGGGCUUUGGGCGCAACGCCUACCUGACCCUGCACCAGCGCACCCACACGGGCGAGCGCCCCUACACCUGCCCCGACUGCGGAAAGAGCUUCAGCGCCAGCUCCAACCUGACCCGGCACCAGCGGGUCCAUACGGGUGAGCGGCCCUACCCCUGCGCCCACUGUGGAAAGCGCUUCUCCCAGAGUUCCACCCUCUUCGUGCACCUCCGCACGCACACGGGCGAGGUGCCCUACCACUGUGCCACCUGCGGCCGGGGCUUCAGCCAGAACUCCACCCUCCUGGCCCACCAGCGUGUCCACACCGGUGAGCGGCCCUAUCGCUGUGCUCGCUGCGCCAGGGGCUUUGCCACCAGCUCUGAGCUCACCAGGCAUCUCGGGGGGCAUGCCAGGGAGGGGCCCACCCCUGCAGCCACUGCCCAAAGAGCUUCCCCACCAGUCUGCUCCUUCACAGGCACCAGAAAAGCCACCAGUGAUGGAGGGGUCUGGCUCCACACAGAUGAGCUGCACAGCAAGAUAGGGCACCCUCGGAGGGGUGGCAAGGUGCCAUGAAGAGUGGGUGGCAGAGCUGCCCUGCAUGAGUUAUUCAUGGGUAGAUUUCAGAGGUGUUUCAGUGCCUACAGGUGUAGACAGGCAUCUCAUGAAUUUACAAGUAGGCCCAGUUCCCGUUGGCCUUCGGUGGGCUUCCAAGCUCUAUCGCUGCCAGAUUUUCUGUUCAGUGGGAAAUUCAGGGGUUUUCAGAACUUUUUUGUGUUCCUAAACAGAACCAACACAUUCCUUGACUCCCUCUGAAGCAAUAUUCAACCCUCAGUCCAAACCCAGGCUUCUUUUUAUUAAAUUACAUAGUAUAUGUUGGGGGGGGGGAGGAGUUCAUUGAAAAGUAAUUUCCAAGUUAAAUCAGGCCCUUCUGAAAAAUAUCAAAUUGAACAUUUUAUCCUCAUUGGAUAGUCUACACAAAAUUAUAUCAAAAUCCAUUUAUGAAUCAUUUCAAUUUCAGUGAAAUGGCAUUUUCUGCCAAAAAGACAUUAUGUGGUAGGGGAAAAUGUAACCAGUUCUGGUCUAUAAGGUGCUAAGGGGCUUUUGUAAAUUCCUCAUGGCUCCUCUCUCUAUUGUGAGGUACAUCCAUGCUUUUGUAAAUGUUGCUCUUUGUUUCUCUGUACAUCAGUUCUCCAUCUGGCAACGGGGAUGGCAGCAUUGCCAACCUGGCAGAAGUGUGUGAGGAUCAACGCAGUACAGGCUGUGAAAUAACUGGAUGGAUAUAGAUUCACUGGAAAUGUGUCUCUCUUGCCCCACUUCUGGUAGAUGGAAGGGGCAGGGUAGCUAACUCCAUUUAAUUUCACAGGAGACUAGGUGCCUGUAUCUCAUACAAUCAUAGAAAAAAGUAGGACUGGAAGGUACCACCAGAGGUCAUCUAAUCCAUAGUUUCUCAACCUGUGGUACGUGUACCCCUGGGGGCAUGCGAGACACAGGCAAAGGGUACGCGGGUACCCCAACACUGUCUCUCUUGCCCUCUUCCUCUCUCUCACCAAUUCCUCCUCUCAAAACUAUGGCAAAAAAUUUGGUGUAAUUAAAAAAAUUAAAUUCCCCAGUAAUAAUUUGGUGUGCUGUGCUUUGCGUGGCACUGGGUUCAGCCCUCCUAGCUUUGGCCAAUAUCACCUCUAGCCCAGGUACAUACUUGAGUUGUGCAUCCCUGGUGUAAAAGGUGGCAACCCUACCCAUAACAGAUCAGACAUCUGUCGUAUCAUGGCCUUAUAUACACAGCCCUUCUUCCAACUUAUGGCACACAUUAGUCUGUAAAUAUAAAAUCCCCUGGAAAAUUGA